CUUGGUUGGCCCUGGAUUGUUUUCGUCAUUUCUAGUAACUGGGCAAAAUGCGUGCUUUUCGUUAACGUUGCUCGUUUGCCACUUACAAAGGAUCAAGGGUUUCCACAAUCGGAUAUUUGCUUCUCAGUUAUUACGUUGAGUGGAUCAGUUUAAAAAAGGCUCACACACCGCCCCAGAUUCUGCCACGGAAGAAGAGACACGAAACCGUGUAUGGUGAUGGGCGGCGAAUAGAAGUACCUUAUGCUGAGCUGGGGAGCCGAGGUCUCAGUUCAGACCGGGCCACUGCCUGAGUUGCACCCGACAGCGGGGAUCUGGACCACAUAGCGAGCUAUUUCUAGCUAGCUGGCCAGGCAGUCUGUGUUUCUUUGUCUACACGCGGCAGGGCAGACAGCGUACCCAUUCAGAUCGGAUAUAGGCUUCGGCUACGCUAGCCAACGUUACCUAGCUGCUCGUAUACGCUUGGAUACAGCGGCUUUGUUUGAAACGAUUUGUUUUUAUUCUUUCUAGAUACGCAAGAGUGUGAUUGUUGAAAUAGCAAGCUACCAACGCUAGGGAAUUCCAUCCAACUAAAAUUUGAGAAUAUCCUUUAUUUUUUGCAUGUCACUUUUCCUGAGACUUUUGAUUUUAGAAAUUUGUUGUUAGCCAUGUCGCUCCACGGCAAAAGGAAAGAGAUCUACAAAUACGAGGCGCCAUGGACGGUAUAUGCAAUGAACUGGAGUGUCCGCCCAGACAAGCGUUUCCGUCUUGCUCUUGGCAGUUUUGUCGAGGAGUACAACAACAAGGUGCAGCUUGUGGGUCUGGAAGAGGAGAGUUCGGAAUUUAUUUGCCGGAACACCUUUGACCACCCUUACCCCACCACCAAGAUUAUGUGGGUCCCUGACACCAAGGGAGUGUACCCUGACCUGCUUGCAACCAGUGGAGACUACCUGCGCAUCUGGAGGGUCAGCGACACUGAGACCCGGUUGGAGUGUCUUCUCAACAACAACAAGAACUCUGACUUCUGUGCGCCACUCACCUCCUUCGACUGGAACGAGGUGGACCCCAAUCUGCUGGGCACCUCCAGCAUUGACACCACCUGUACGAUAUGGGGACUGGAGACAGGCCAGGUGUUGGGUCGGGUCAAUCUAGUGUCGGGCCAUGUGAAGACCCAGCUCAUUGCCCACGACAAGGAGGUCUAUGACAUUGCUUUCAGCCGGGCAGGGGGUGGCCGGGAUAUGUUUGCCUCUGUGGGAGCGGACGGUUCCGUGCGCAUGUUUGACCUGAGGCACCUGGAGCACAGCACCAUCAUCUAUGAAGACCCCCAGCACCACCCUCUGCUGCGCCUCUGCUGGAACAAGCAGGACCCUAAUUACCUGGCCACUAUGGCAAUGGACGGCAUGGAGGUGGUGAUUUUGGAUGUCCGAGUGCCGUGCACCCCAGUUGCCAGGCUGAACAACCACCGGGCCUGUGUCAACGGCAUCGCCUGGGCGCCCCACUCAUCCUGCCACAUCUGCACUGCAGCGGAUGACCAUCAGGCCCUGAUCUGGGACAUCCAGCAGAUGCCCAGAGCCAUCGAGGACCCCAUCCUGGCCUACACCGCCGAGGGGGAGAUCAACAAUGUCCAGUGGGCCUCCACGCAGCCUGACUGGAUCGCCAUCUGCUACAACAACUGCCUGGAGAUCCUGCGGGUGUAAUCCCCACCGCGGGGCAGGGCGCGGGGCAGCCAGGGGUAGGAAAAGUGGAGGAUGGCAGGUCCAGAAACAUGCUGGCAGAAAAGGAGUCGAACAGACAAUGAACUUCUCAUGCCACUGUGGUGAGGGAGUGGCAUUGGGACUGGGGUGUGCUGGUCUGCUCUCACCUGUUCUUGACAUAGGGCUGGCAGAAAGGGUUUGUCGUCGUGAACAUUGGUAUUUGCCUUGUAUCUCAUUCUGCUGGGUAAGUAGCAGGAAGCAACCCCAUGAAGGAUACCAGUUCUGGAGAUCCAGGGCUGUUUUUGCAGUCUUACCAAGAAAAUUGUCCUCUUGAUCAUGACUGUCAAAUUUCUGGUCUUAUUCAGCAGCACCCUGCAGUCAGAAAGGCUUUACUAUCUAAAGGAUGUUUCAUCAAUAAGCAAGACUGCAUAUUGCCACCAGAAGACUACUAAAAAGUGUAAGCUAUGGGUAAACCCAUAUACCAAUAAUAUAUUGACCACAUAAUAGUGUUCAAAACUGGGAAAAAUGCUGUAUCAGAUUUACGAUAAGAAAUGGAGAUCCCAUUGAUAUAAAUGUGAUUUCUUAGUUACUGUAUGAAAAAUGUUGUAUACAUGUUGGCUACAUCCACUCCAUUGACUGCAGUCUUAAAUGGUCAGACGAUAAAAACGCAGUCUCAGGUGUUGUACAUUGGUAACAUUUUGAAUUUAGGCUUCUCUUCAGGGCUAGUUCCAGUGUGUUACAGAAGCCAACUUAUCUCGCACACAAAAUGUGAAAUGUGAAAACAUUUAGUCAUUGCAUCCUUUUACAUUUGGUGUAUUGCUAAUAAAACCUUUGUGAUUCCCCAGGGCAGACUAAUGUUGCUGGUGUAAGAGAAACAUGGUCCAUUUUGAUAGGCUUGAGGUGCGCCUGGAAAUGACUGACUGCUAAUGACCUCACUGAAGCCUGGUUUUAGUCUGUGGGAGCAAAUCUGAAUUCAGUCAACAUGAACUGCACUGUGAUAGUUAUUUUUUGAUCUACUGUACAAUUCUGGAAUAAAAAGCAGCAAGACACUAGAUGAAAUAUUACCCCUUUCCAUAUUUCAGUGUGUAAGGAAUAUUAAGCAAGGUAAAGGGCACAUUGGUUUUUAUUCAUUUUAUCUGCAUUGCAGCAUUUGUUGAGGCUUAAUCGUAAGAGCUUCCGUAACAUCUUGAGGUCAUUAGGUAAGGGGUGUUUCCAUGCACAGCUCAUUACCAUAGCUUUAUGACAGUUUUUUAAAUCAUCGGUAGAGUUUGCACAGGGAAAUUGGAAUAUACCUGAGCCAUCUAUUUUGGGCAUAGUGGUACCCACAGUGCAGUUAAUGCAGUUAAUUCCAGUGAACCAAAUGUGUUACGCCUGGUUUGAUGUGCAGAUUGCCAGGCUGAUUUUCAGGUUAAAGGUGUGCUUAAAGGGAAUUGGUCAACCAUAAGUACGUACAAAUACAAAAAUAAUGGAUUGUCUGUAUGAUUGUCUUGAUUGGAAGAAACUGAUCUCUACUUUAUGGGCCCUCAGUACACAAAUUUAUAUAAAUUCGCAUUAAAUGUGACUGAAGUAUAAAACGCAAUGGAAAUUUGAACGCUGAAGUAUGAGUAGAGAUCCCUUUUUUAGACACCUGCUACCAGUCAAGUGGGGUGGAUACCAGGGCCUAUAUGGGAGACACAUUUAUUUUAAAAUAUUUCCGAUGUUUUUAAUAUAAAUUAUAAAGGAGGUAGUGUAAUAUGUAAAUAUAAAACAUGAGAGAAAGCAGGGAAGGGCUGGUUGCAGUGUGGGCGGGCUCAGUAAUCUCUUCCUGUGACUAGAGAGCGUUCUUAGCCCUGCUUUAUACCAUGCGGCUCUCUCAGUGAGCUUGUCUGUGGCUGUCUCCUCGGUGCAUGUGCCGCCUGUGCUAUGCCAAAGUUGCCAGAAAGUGUCAGGACCUGGACCCUGGGAGCGCUCUCCAUGACGACAGCGUUCCGGAUGCAGAGAGAGUGCGGAAAACCGAAGUCCCAUCCCAGACUGGAAUACAGGACUGUGCCGGUCUCAGAGACGGACUUGUCCAUCAGCGUGUGCUGAGAGUGAACAGCAGACAUUGUGUGCAUCAAACCUGCUUGUGUCAAUGGGAGUGUUGUCUGUUUUGGCGCAAGAGACCUCCAGCGCUGUUCUGAAAUGGACUUAAGUUGACCGAAAGGGGCCACAUGCCCUCUUGCUGAAGCUCAGCAGGAUACUCCCUCUUUCAUUGCUUUACUUCUUUCCUGUCUGUUACCAUUUGUAUUUGAAGGUUAAACGCCCUUUCAGCAUAUUUGUACUGGGAGAAACAUGAAUUUAUAUUUUUGUUUUCCUGGGAUCUUGGUAGAGCGACAUUAAUGCUUUCAAUAUUUAGAUCUUUCUUGAUUUUUUUCUGUAUAUUCCUUUAUGUCCUGAGAUGCAGUGUACCAUGGUUGUUGUCCUUACCAUUAUUACUGCUGUUUUGGGUAAGGAGGUACUGAGUAAUGAUGGGGCUUGUGAAUGAGAGAUUUCCACAGAUCAAUUUCAACUGCAACAAUCUUUGAAGAGGCAAACAUUAAGUAAUCUUCACCAAUAGGAUAAAUACAGCAACAAUAAACUUAACACACUAAAUACUACAGAAUAUCCUGGAUGCCGCAGUUAGGGGAUGGGUCUACAGAGUACGACAGCUUUGUGCUCAUCUCCUGUACACAAAGCAUUUUCUCAAACUGCGGUAUAGGCUCUCUGCUAAAUUUAAAUUUCAUCAGGCCAUUUAUAAGCACAACAUUACGUGAAAGUGUUUAAAUGUUGUGCCCUGGAAGGGUAGGUAUAGAUGGUCCACUUUACAGGCUUCAUUGAUGAAUUGAUCAGAGCUUGAGACCCUCAAGUAACCCUUAGCAGUAGAAUCACUGAGAGACUGUGUUGUCAGCCUCCAGGCUGGGAUGUGUAUGUUGUGUAGCAUCCACACUCGCAUAUGUGAUGUCAUUUCUGCCACAGGCAACCCCCACUUAACCCACAUCUCUGUCAGAUUUGUGGCAUUUCCUU